ACAAUCUAUUGUUGUGUAUUGUUUAUAAAAUUGUUGUACAAAAAAUUUUAAACCGUGAUAAUUGUUUUGUGAUUUUAAGCGUUGAUACCUGAAAAAUGAGCUUCCUUUUUGGAAGUCGUUCUUCAAAAACCUUUAAGCCUAAAAAAAAUAUACCUGAGGGUACACAUCAGUAUGAGUUGAUGAAACAUGCUGCUGCUACAUUGGGCUCUGGUAAUCUCCGAUUAGCGGUUAUGCUGCCUGAAGGGGAAGAUCUUAAUGAAUGGGUAGCAGUGAACACUGUAGACUUUUUUAAUCAAAUAAAUAUGCUUUAUGGCACAAUAACUGAAUUCUGCACUGAAGAUAGCUGUUCGAUAAUGUCAGCUGGUCCUAAAUAUGAGUACCAUUGGGCUGAUGGUCACACUGUUAAAAAGCCAAUAAAAUGUUCAGCACCCAAGUAUAUUGAUUAUUUAAUGACUUGGGUUCAAGAUCAAUUGGAUGAUGAAAUGCUAUUUCCUUCCAAAAUAGGUGUUCCUUUUCCAAAAAAUUUUCUUACCAUUGCCAAGACCAUCUUAAAAAGAUUAUUUAGAGUGUAUGCACACAUAUACCACCAACAUUUUAGUGAAGUUGUGCAAUUAGGAGAAGAAGCCCAUUUAAACACUUCUUUUAAACAUUUUAUAUUCUUUGUUCAGGAGUUUAGUCUGAUCGAGAGAAGGGAACUUGCUCCACUGCAAGAACUAAUUGAUAAAUUAACAGCAAAAGAAGGAAGAUAAAUAAUACAAGUAGUACUAAAAAGUUACUUCUGUACUUGCAUUUAAUCCCCAGCCUAUAUGUGUGUGCUUUAUAUAUUUUCCUCUAUGGUACAUUGGCUACAAUUUGCACUAUAGUGAUUCAUUUUAUGUUUAUAAGUAUUUUUUUUUUAUUGUGAAAGGUUAAUGUCACAAAAUUAAUAUACCUACACAAGGUUUGGAAUAAAAGCAAAUAAAUUGUGAUAAAUAAAUUGAAUAAAUCCGGUAUGUAAUGUUUACGUAUAUUUUUAUACAGGGUAUGGUAAAUUACCAUAUUAAUUUGGGGAUCUUGCCACCAAGUUGGUGGUAAUAUUAUUAUUACAGUAAUAAAGAAUAAAAAUUUGACAAUAUUUUUGUAUUGGAUGGAAAUAAUAAUUGCGGUCCAAAAUUAAAUGUGC